AUGGAAGAAUCGUCGUGCGAUGCCAAUCACGGAUUCGUCGACAGCACCGAAGGCGUCGCUCCUCGGUUUUCUGACCGCCUGGGACUCCUUACGGAGUCGAGUGCCGGCAGUGCUGCAGAAAACAUGGAGGAAAGCCGGUCGUCUUACACGUCGAGCCAUCUCUGCACCGACGACACGGCGAACGAGACUGUCGGCGAAAACGUGUUGGAUAGCAACGACAACUCGACACAACACAGCGAUCAAAGUGACGAAGUUAGCGGAGACGGCACCGCAAAGGUGUCAAACAGUGUGGAAAGCGCGCGCCCUGAUCCGAAUGCAGUGUCGAUAACGUCCGCUUUGGAAGAUGAUACGAAACAGAGUGCUUGCGUUGCCAAAGGCGACGCGGCUGCGGGUGAAAACGUCGCUGGUGAAGCAUCUCGUGAGAGCCGAAGCGAAGACGACAAGCCUUGGUGCGCCGAGACUUCCAACGACAAAUCGGAGUUGGAUGCCGAGAGCGGCGCCGGUAGCACCAGUGGCCACAAGCGGAGGCGUUCCCGUUGCGUGCCUGUUUACACUCCGGGCACUCGUGUUGAGGCGAGAGAUUUCCAGGACAAAUGGUAUGCUGCUAAGAUUGUGAGUGUCGACGAAGAGAAUGGUGACGUGCUCAUCCACUUCGCGGGCUGGAGCUCUCGUUAUGACGAAUGGCUCUCCAUGGACAGUCCACGGCUGCGGCUUGCCGCUAACCUUCACACGCGCAAGGACGUGAAGAAGCAUCGUUUCAAAAAAUCGCAAUACAAGAAAGGGGAGGAGGUGCUAGCAAGGUGGGGUGACCGCAGGAAAUACCCGGCAAAAGUGAUAGAGGUGAAAGACGACGAAUUGUACUCUGUGAUCUUUUAUGAUGGAAUUGUGAAGACGCUGAAGGGAAUCAAUAUAGAAAAGAUGCCCAGUAAUCAAAAAGGCAGUGUGGCGUUUCCUCGUGCACCUCAGAAGGAACACGAAAGCAAGUGCCAUCGUGAUUCGUCAAGCGACUCUUCAAAAAAAAGCCACAGCAGGCAUGGAGAGCAGCGAAGGCUGUCUGAGGGAAGCAGCACCAGUAAAGCACAGUCCUCCGUGGAUGCCAAGAGGAGUGGUGAGAAGGUGACAAAGCCCAGGCCGUCCAAGCAGAGCUCAAGGUCGGAUUCUCGAAGGCAAGAAAAGAGAGGCUUAGACGUCUCGGCACCUGCGCAGUACACGCCAGAUGGCAGACGAAUUGCCCCCAAGGAGUUUAUUAUCGAAGAGGAUCACAACCACUUCAAGUGUCACAUUGAGGGUUGCAACAAGAGUUUCCGCAAGGAACCCCUCCUGGCAUCGCACCUCAAGCAUUACCACGAAAGAAAGCCCGCGUUGGCGACAACGCCUGAUCGUACCCAACCAGGUGCGACUCCAGAACGGCCUCUGCCUGUCCCCUGUGAAGCGGUCGAGUUGGAUCAAGAGAUAGCAAAAAUCAAGUCGGAGCAUCCUUUAUCGACUUCUGUGCCUGAGGCUACACUCGAAGAGCUGGGGGAGGGUCUCGGUCAGCAGGAGGCAAAUGGACCACACAUUGUCAAAUCAUCUGCAUGUGCUGACAUGGCUAGUGUUCCUGGAGUAUUGGAAGAACCAACUGGAACAGGUGCACCAACCUCUGAGCAGCAGCAGCAGCCUGUACUGCAGACUGUACCAGAGCAGACCUCUGCACUGGUGCAUUCCCUAAAAGCUCUUCUGACACCUCCAUCAGCCACUGAGGCGUCACAGGAAGCAGCAGCAGCAACAGUGGUUCCCGCUACAGCCACAUCGACCCCCACCGCAGCAACAGUCCCACUCGCCAAGCCAAGGCGCAUGCGCUUCAUACCUCACUUCACGACACUGGUCGAAGGCCGGGAGAAGCGCAAGAUUGCCAAGACAGAGAAAGCACUGAUAGCAGACAUGGAGGCUGCAGCCAGUCGCAGGACGUCGGCUGGAUCUGCGAGCGACCGUAAGCGUAAGCGCACUUCGAGCACACGCAGCGACAAGUCUGAUGAUGGGAGCAAGCGCACCUCCGUCAAGGAAGAGAGUGGCCGUAAGGCAAAGACCUCUGAGACAGCCAAGGAAAGUGCGGGCCACGGACCCGAGAGCACGCCUGCAAUCGACUCUGCUGACACAUCUUUGGAGGUCAAAAGCGACGAAGUUGUAAUGUGCGCGUGCAAUUGUGAAGAAGAGAGUGGCCUCAUGAUGCAGUGCGAAGUCUGCCUCACAUGGCAGCACGGAGCGUGCUUCCAGAUUGAGGAAGAGAAGGAUGUCCCGGACAAGUACAUCUGUUACAUGUGCAUUGUGCCCAAAGAUAAUACGGACUUGCAGACCGCAACGGAGUGCAACCAAGAACUUGUCUCAGCUGGCACGCAAGAAACUUCUCGGUCAAAGCUGGACCCGGACUGGUUCCGUCAUGGCAAGCUGGCCUCUUUCGGCUUUCUGAAAGAGAGGCCCGCUAACCUACCUAAUCCGGAAUAUAUGAAGGCCUCUCACGACCUCAUGGGCUCUGUGCACAAUGUCCGGGCUGUGCUCCAUAGCAUCAACCAUAAGAUCAACGUGGCGAGUGAAAAGAGCCAUCCUGACUUGAAGUACUUCACUACGCCAUGGGUGAAAAGAAGUGUUGUCAGAGAGGUAGUUGAUGUCCUCGAAAAGCACAAUGCCAUACCAAAUAGCCCUGAAAAGGAUGAGCUAAGGCCAGGUGGGCACAUGCACCUGUCCACUUAUGACCAUGCUUACUUUGCACCUGAAAAAAACACGGCCACCACAGAGCUGACUCAAGAAGCUCCGGAUGUCAUUAUCAGCACUGGCGGUGACAGCAGCGCAGGUGAUCUUCUGCUACAGGACAUGGCCAUGGAGGCUUUUGAAGUCGGCUGUGUCGAAGAGGUGGUCAACAAAGGGGAGGAAUUAGAUGUAGUGGGUUGUGAAGAGGAAGUCGCUUCCCUGAACGCUGAUGAAGACAUCAAGGGCAGCGGAAUUUCGACUCUGGCAGCACCCAGUUCUUCACCGACAAAAAGCAGCAGUGCAGGGAAGCAGGCCAAUGGCAGACAGGUUGAGAACCUGGAUGUCGAAAGCUGCAAAAUAAAUUUGUUACAUCAUGUCCUUGAUCUGGAGGACCAAUUGGAAGAGAGGAUGAAUGCCUUGGAAGAGCAGCUUCGAGUGCUUGAACGUGAGAGCUACAUCAGCAGUGGCACAGAUCCAAACAUAACAGAAGAAGAGGACAUCAUGCGGCUGAAGUUAUCACUCAAAGGCCUCAUGAAAGACUUGAAUGCAGUGCAUCGAUUGACACUGUUCCGGUGACGUGGAACCGUGCUGUUGACAGACAGUGCGCGGUUGACAGCACAUUGUAUAUUCGUGUGACCAAGCCUUCAGUUCCGUCUGAAACUGAGUGUAGACAUAUUGUAGUAUAGUGUUUUUUUUCUUCCUUCCUUCUGUGUCACUAUCGGCCACUAGCAUGUUUUCGAAAAGCGAUGCCAGUUGAGGAAGAACAUGGGCAUUUGUUACUUUGCUGUGAACUCUCACACCUACAUUUGUAAAUACUGCUCUGCUACUUUGUGUAAAUUUAGGGGGGGGGGGGGGGUGAGAAAACUGCAAUGUCUUUGCGGAGUUCGUGCGCGGUCAUGCUGGUAUUUAUUUGUUCCUCUUGCAAAGUCAUUGUGUGUAUCCGGCGUGUGAAAGCUUGUCCAGUGUUUUUCAACUGCUUGUGUAUAUGUGCAUAUUACGGAUCUAUUGUCAUCCUAUUUAAGUAGCUGCUUUACCAUUUCUUACUUUGUAUGGCAAGCUCUGUAGCGAUUGAACUCUCGUAACUACACAACUGGCUAUCUUGCCAAAGGACUCAUGUGAAUCAUCAUGACUUCAGAAGACUAAAUGCUGCCAAUAAUUGCUAUGAAAUUCUUCGGUGCUGUUCACUCUCUCGGUGCAGAAAAUUCUUCCUUCUACAAUUUUCUUUUGGCUAGUAUGACUGCAAACAAUGCCUUCGUCUAAUUUCUUCCGCAUUAAAAGCAAAAAUAGUACGAUUGCCUUACAACAUGAUAAUAAAUAAAAUGCACACCCUCAACCUUAUU